AUGUCCGCGACAUACAGGUCGCUAGGGCGUGCGGCACCCAUUGUCGGUGGUCUUGCAGUCGCAGUCUAUGCAGGCAAGCUCAACAUUCGCAAUGACGACGCCCUACCAAUCCUCACAAAGGCGGUGGCGGCGGCCCGCCCAACCUCGCUCUUCGGCGCUGCUGCGCCUUUCACGCCCCUCUGCUGGGGUACAAACGAGUACUUGACGCUCUCACCCGACCCGACCGUCAAGUCCCUCAAACGGCCUACCCCGAUGGCGGCAUUGGGUGCGACGCCAGUACAUGACCUUGUGGUCCAUGAGAAGUAUGGCGCAGUCAUCGACGCCAGGGGUGACGUCUGGAUGUGGGGUAAGGGCUACGACCCUUCGGGCGACAUUGGUCGCUCGUUGCGCGGAAAGAAUCUGCGUACGCUCGCCGCUGGCCCUGGCAAGCUGUUUGGACUGAGCCAGGACGGGCGGCUGUACGUCAUCAGUGCCGACCGCGCAUUCCAAGAGAGCCUGGCCAAGAAGCGCAACUACUGGAAGAAGCUCACGACGCGUGAUCCCAUUGUCGACUUUGUCGAGUUGCAGGCGUCGGAGAAGUUCCACUGGGGCGAGAAGUGGGAUAGCGUCGCCGUGGGGCGCAACCACCUCCUAGCGGUGACAAACAAGGGGCGCACGUUCUCGCUCCCGCUCUCGCCCAGCGCCAACACUCACCGCCAGCUUGGCACAAAGCAGACGUUCACCUCCGAACUCAAGGAGUCGCCGGAGAAGGCGCUUAAGGACGGGCCACCGCUUCCUCCCCAGAGUGAUCCGCGCUUCGCGACGACCCUCACCCAGAUUCCUGCGCUUGCCGGCAUCAAGAUUGACCAAGUGGCCGCGAGUGAUCGCUCGUCGUUCGUGCGCACGGACGAGGGGCGCGUCCUUGGCUUUGGCGCCAACGACUUUGGUCAGAUCGGCCUCGGGCCCAACUCCACCGUCGCGACCGUUCCCACUCCUGUCGAGAUCGUCCUUGCCAAGGGCUACCCUGCUGGCACAUCGUUGAAGUGCACCAACAUUACGGCGGGCGCGUCGACGACCAUGUUUACGGUUGAGCGUGAGGCUAUGAGUGGACCGAAGCUUUACGACCUACUCUCGUGCGGCAACGGCCAGAGCGGCUCGCUCGGCACCGGCUCGACGAGCUCGGGAUGCUACGCUCCUACUCGCAUCAAAGCCUUGAGCGGCAUUGAGGAAUACUCGGAGAAGUUGAAGGGCCCCAUCGGCCUCAACAUUAGCAAGGUGUCGAUCUCGUGCUCCCCCAACACACACGUCUUCGCUGUCCUUGACACGGUCUCGGAAGCGGACGCCAAGGGGCUCAAGGACGGUCUCUUCGGGCGCGACGUCCUGGUGUGGGGCGGCAACUUCGACUACCAGCUCGGCAACGGCAAGAAGUCUGGCGUCGCUGUUCCCCAGCACAUGCCAUCGCUGAUCCCGCACGCGAUCGACGAGCUCAUCGCCGAGAGCCCCGAGGCCGAGUCAUCGCCGAUGCCGCUCACCCGCCUCCAGCUGCACACGGCCAAGGCAGACACGUACGACAUGCUCGGCAAGCUCAUCAAGCGCGGCGUCAAGACCGAGGAGACGGUGUUUGCGGGGUACAACUGCUCGGUUCUGUACAACAAGAUUGUCAGCUAA